AACGUCAUGGACUGGAUUUUGCGCCGGGAAAAGUCCGGCUGCGGAGCACAAGCUAUAUUCGACCCUCGGAGUUAAUGCGAGGCCAUCCCACAAUGACGACUGCUAGGUGAGCAUAUUACUGACAAUGUUGUCUGCUUCAUAGAGCCUUAAGAAAUAACCAAUUCUCACACCUACCUCCCACCAUUACCGUUAACUUUCUCAAUUGACCCUCCAAAGAUGCAAAUCCUCGUCACAGGAGCAGCGGGCUUCAUCGGCCAACUCCUCGCAAAGGAGCUCCUCAACGACCCAUCAUACAUCGUCACACUAACCGAUAUAAACGAGCCCCCAAUUCCCACAGGCGUCGCCUACCCUCAUAAUGCACGAUCGGUGACAACAGACCUCCUGAAAGGCGCAGACGCAGUCGUGGACAAAUCUCUCGAUGCCGUCUACGCUUUCCACGGAAUCAUGUCGUCCGGAUCUGAAGCCAAUUUCGACUUGGGCAUGAGCGUCAACGUAGAUGCUACCCGGAACUUGCUUGAGGCGCUCCGCAGAACCUGCCCCGGCGUGCGGGUAAUCUAUUCCUCAAGUCAGGCUGUCUAUGGUCAACCACUACCCGAAGUAGUAAACGAUAGUGUCAUCCCGACGCCGCAGUCGUCCUACGGCGCCGAGAAGAUCAUCUGUGAGACUCUUAUCAAUGAGUACACUCGCCGUGGCUUCAUCACGGGAUUCACUCUUCGGUUCCCCACUAUUUCUGUCCGUCCUGGUCGUCCAACAGCUGCCGCUUCGUCUUUUCUUUCUGGGAUGAUCCGCGAGCCGCUCGACGGCAAGGAGUGUGUCAUUCCGCUGGAGGAUAGGUCAUUCAAGUCUUGGCUAUGCUCGCCGAAAACUCUUGUUCAUAACCUCGUCCAUACAUUGUCGUUGCCCAAGGAUGCGUUGCCUCCUCAUAUCCGACAGAUCAAUGUGCCUGGUAUUUGUGUCACCAUUCAGGACAUGAUGGAUGCUUUGGAGAAGGUUGCAGGGAAGGAUAAGCUCGAUCUAUUAAAGGAGACGGAGGAUCCGACCCUCAGACCGAUUUUGGAGUCCUGGCCUACACGCUUCGACAAUUCCCAGGCUAUUUCACUGGGCUUUAAGCGGGACUCUUCGUUUGAGCAAGCAGUAAGAGAUUACCAGUUGGAGAUAGGACAGCAAUAAACGCGAUUGCCGCUGCCUAAGCCUGUCGUGCUCCACACAGUGUACAAUGCCCAUGACGUUUUCUCAGCUAAAACAUAAGUGACGAGUUUCAUAAAUGACAAAUUAGAGCAUGUUAUUACACA